UUUCAAAACAUACGGAAAAUAUUUUAAUAUUUUGAUUUUUUUGAUGUUUAGAAAGAAAAAAAAUGUCUAAAUUACCACCGGCAUUAGCCUCACGUUUAGCUCAACGUGGUCUAUUGAAUCGCCACGAGAAACCAUCAACAGCAGCAGCAGUGCCAGUUGAACAAGAAGAAGAAGUUAUUGCCGAAGAUUAUGAUGAAACACCUAAACAAGAAUUUAUUGAAUUGAAAACAAUCGAUACGGUUAUUGGUUGUCCAAAUAAAUACAAUAUUUAUCAUAAUUGUACAAGUUUUUGUUCGAAAAAAUAUGCCAAUGUUCGAAAAGAACCGAAUAAACGUAUACGUAAAAUAUUUGCCAGAUUAUUGAAAAAAUAUCCAUUAAAAGAUUCUGUAUGGGAACAGGUUUAUGAACCAGGAUUACAAACAUUUUAUUUUUGGAAUACUGAAACUGAUCAGGUUUCAUGGUUACCACCUAAUCAUCCAGAUGCUAAAAUAUCGUUAUCAGCUGAAAAACUUCGUCGAUUAGUACGUGAUGAUCAUCAUCAUCAUGAUAAAAAUGAUAAUGAAAGUAGUGAUGAAAAAGAAUCGAUAAAAGAUGAUGGUUCCAACGAUGAUGAUGAUGAUAAUGAUGACGACGACGAUGAUGAUGAUGAUGAUGAUGAAGAAGAUAGUGAUGAUGAUAAUUCCAUUGAUGAUGAUGAUAAUGAUGAACUAAAACAAACCACUGUAAAAAGAAUGAGAAAAAUGGUCGAAAAUCGAAAUCAACUAGAUCCAAUGGACCCGGCUUCAUAUUCUCAUAUUCCACGUGGGAAAUGGUCUGAUGGACUAAGGUAAUAUAUGUAUUCUAUAUAAUCAUUAAUUCAUUUUAUUGUAAUAGAAAAAAAUUUGAUAAUUUUACAAUAUGA